AACCCUACCUUUGAGUCUAAUUAAUCACAAGAAGUCAAGAUCGAAAUAUAACCCUAAUUUGUCUGUUUCUCUUUGAAAAUCCAAAAUCGGAAAAUCGGGAGAAUGAGGAUAGCGAUUCUCAACGACUCGACAGUGACCGAUUUCAUCGAAGACGUGGAAUCGUUCGAGACUGGCGUAGCCAAAUGCUUCGAGGCGCUCGACAUUGACGGCGACGGUAUGCUCUCGCGGCAGGAGCUUCGCGAUGGAUUUGGCAAGUCUUUGCCGAUCGGAAGCGUGCGAAAGGAGUUGGUCGAAGAUCUGUUCGAUACUGUUAUCGGGAGAUUCGAUGUGGAAGGAAAGGGCAGCAUUGGUUUCGACGAGUUCAAGUCCCUCUCGAACGAGAUGAUGAUGGCCAUGGCCCGCGGGAUUGGGGGUUCUCCGAUUCUUCUUGCGCUUCAUCAGGAUAGCUUGCUUCUUAACGCUGUUGAUCAUAAUUUGUCUAAAUUGUCAUGAAAAAAGAAAAAUAUUUGAUUUUUUUUUUACUUUCUUUAACAAAGAAAUAUUGAUUGGAUCUCACUGCAUUGUUGCUAACUUUGAUACAUUUUUUCACGUGUAUUGUAAUACAUUUUUUGUUUUUAAAGAAUAGUGUGAUUCGUGAGUGUUUUUCUUUGAAUGUAGCAUGUGAUCAAACCAACAAGUGUUCAUUUUUGAACAAAGUUUGGGGUUUCAAUAAAAUUGUCUCUUUGAAGAUUUUCAUGUA